AUGUCUGACAACGUCGAGUAUUUCAUCUUCCGCACCGUCGGCUCCCAACAGUCUCGCGACGCCGUCAGUCAGGCCCUGGUGAGCUCGAAAAAUAGAAAAGUUGUGCAGUUUUUCCGUUUUUUUCAGCGUCUCUACGGCCCGGACCACUUCCAAGACGCGGCGCUUGGCCUCGACUACUCGCGCAUCGCUUCGCACAACCUCAAGACAUUUGUGAAGGAGGCGCAGAAGAAGGACGAGGCGACGCGCGAUGUCGGAUUCGCCCACGUGCACAUCGACGGAGCCGCCACCGGAACCAAUCUCGGACCCGGACGCCCACGCGCCGCCGCAACCAAUCUGGGACGCGGACGCCCACACGCCGGCGGAGCCACUGCUGCCCAGCCUCUCGGUACGAAUGACGUAGAAGCAGUGUCGGAGGGUUUUAGGACACUGACUAUGAGAACUGGAAACGAACGCGUUCGAGAGAUCUUAAGGCUUUCGAACCUUGUUGUCGAAUUCUAGAAAGAGAAAUGAGCGCAUCGUAGAACUAUAAUCGGAGGAUCGUAGGGAUCGGAAGUACCUGAAAGGGCCGGGCUUCGGACUUUGAUUUUAACGCUUCUAGAGGAGGGGGAUCCGGCAGGACCGGUUUCCAGCAGAUUUCGGGCCCUUUGACUUUUCUGGUCACUUUUAGCUCGUUCUUUAGUCGCCUGCUCGAUCCGCGAUCAUGAAAUCCCAUUUGUUCAAAAACGAGAGCACUAACGGUUGACUAACGAAAUAGCAGUACAUUUAGCCCUUUCCCUUCAAAUGUUAGUAAAAAAUUUGCAGCAAACCGCUUCAACGGAACGCAAGAAAUCGAGUACCCGGGAGAUAAUCCGUCUUCGGACGCGUCGUCGUCACGUCGCGGACGCGGACGCCCACCGAAGGCCGUGAGCGAGGCCGCCGCCCACGAAUCGGACGACGAUGAGAAGGAAGGAUCGUCUGUGGCUCCGUCGAAUCCUCGCGGACGCGGACGGCCACCGAAGGCCGUGAGGGCCGCCGCCGCCCACGAAUCGGACGACGACGAGGAGAAGGGACCGUCUGUGGCUCCGUCGGCUCCUCGCGGACGCGGACGCCCACCGAAGGUCGUCAGCGCGGCCGCCGCCCACGAAUCGGACGACGAUGAGAAGGAAGGAUCGUCUGUGGCUCCGUCGAAUUCUCGCGGACGCGGACGGCCACCGAAGGCCGUGAGCGCCGCCGCCGCCCACGAAUCGGACGACGACGAGGAGGAAAGACCGUCUGUGGGUCCGUCGGGUCCUCGCGGGCGCGGACGGCCGCCGGGCGGCGCCAAGAAGCCAAAGGCCAUGCCGAUGCGCAAGACGGUCGCGCCGGCGAACGGAAAGACAGGACGUGGACGUCCGCCAAAGGCCGCCGUGCGCGCGGAAGGCGACGACGGCGACGAGGAGGAGGCCGGAGAGGCCAUGGAGAUGGAGGCCGGAGAGGCCAUGGAGAUGGAGACCGGAGAGGCCAUGGAGCACGGAGAAAAGGCCGAUGACUAA